UUUUGGCAUGUUCGGUAGACGUCUCUCUCGGUGUCAGACGAUAGUAUGGUUUCCAAGGUCGCGUCCACGGUCGAUGACACGGUUCUCACCGCCGAGAUACCCACGGAGCCAGGGAUGGGUGAGAAGGCAUCUUCUAUACCCGUUACAGUCGCACUGACGAGCGUUAUGGCGUCGUCGUCAGUACCAGUUGUCGCUGAACCUCUGGGGAACACAAAAGCCAAGAACGACAGCAAGAUCGCGAAUGUCGUUGACUCAACCAUCGAGGUAUCGGCCCUUCCAGUACCCGUUACUCCACAAGAUAGCAAUGUGGACGGCAUCCAUACCCCUUUUUUCAACCGCACUUUCGAACACCAAGUGAAAUUGGUCGCUCCAGAACAACCAGUUUUUUCAAGACCUUCCGAUGUCAAAACUGACAUAGUGACCAUUGAUGAUGUUGCGCCGGAUGCAUUGGAAGACAUUCUGUCUGCUGAUAAGGCCACGAUGCCCGACAAGGUACCGAUGGCGACUAAAAAUGUACCAUUUGUCGAAGACGCGACUGGUUUUGAAGGGUUGCAGACUGUGCAAAGGGAAGCGAUCCUCGGGGACGAAUCCGUUACUGAAGAGGGGCGUCCCGAGAUAGCAGCACCGAUCGCUGAAGACGAAGUGGAGCUCAAGAACAUUCCAAUCAUCGACUCUGUGCAGUCGCAUAUCGUUCAAGAGCCUCCUACCGUCGUGACAACAUCCGAUAUGGGAAGGAUCGCAGUGGUUGGGGACGCCGUUGUCAUCGAGAAAGCCCCGUUCGUUGGACAGGAAGAAAGAGUGAGGGGAGCACAGGAAACACCUGUUAGUGAAGCGAUUCCCGCAACCGUCACUUCUGGGGCCCCAGACGUACCAUCCGCGUCGAUCCCGGAAGUGCCAAUACUGGAAGAGGAAAGUGUCGAACAGCUAAUCGGUGCAGAUGCAACCGGACAAUCUGUGGUUGUCGCGGAUAAAAUCCCGACAGCAGAGGGGGCUUCCACGGCUGAAUCCGCAAACGUUGGUGAAGAAGAUAGAGGAAAGGAAGACCUGCAACUUGUGACGACAAUCGCUGCGAAGGUGAUUCCAAUCGAGAACGAAACACCAGCUGUAUCCGUGAUCCGUGCCGCAGUGAAGGAAGGGGAAGCUAUGAUGGUUGAAGCUGGGAAAGAUGAGCUCGAGAAAAUCCCCGUUGUACAGGCCGAUCCCAUUGUCGAGAUCGAGGUCAAAGAGCUGGACGAGGGAGGGGAGCUACCUCCAGUCGAAAUACCGGGUGAACCUUCCCCUCUGGAGGCCCCAAUCGUGGAAGUUGCAACUGAUGAAAUUGGGCUAGUGGAAGUAGUUCACGAAGGAAGCUCCACUGUAAAGGGAUCAGUUGUGAUAGUACCAUUGGUCGAGGGACCCACUUCAGCGGAGGAUGUCUCUAUUGAGGCUGUGAGGAUAUCAGAGCAAGCCAUGACGGGGGAGCAGCCUUCUACAACGACAGUCCUUGCAGUACCCUUUGCUUCGGAAGAGAGCUUAUUAGAAGAGAGGGACACGUUUGAGGAGUCGCCCGCUGUAGAGAAGGUUAUCAUUUCGGGCACACCUGACGUGAAGGAUGCACCUGUUAUCGCCGAGCAUCUCAGUCUCAUUGCCCAGACAUCGGUAGUUGAAGAACCACUGGGAGUGCCGAUUGUUGUUUCGGCUCAGAAGUUGUCGACGGGCGCCGAUGGGGUCGAAGAGGAAAUCAGUAGCCUGACACCAGUGGCGAAAUCGACUGCUGAGGUUAAUCUGGCAUUUGCUAGGGAUGAAUCUAUCGAGGCUGUAGAACCAUUGGACGAAGCACACGCUGCUCAUGUUCCAUUCAUUCGGCAGCCAUCUACGGUUGAGAUGCCAGUUAGUGAUGUGCGAGAGCAUGUGAAGACGACGAUAGCCGAGGAAACAUAUGUGAACGAGGCUGCCGUCAUACUGGCUGGUGAUAGCUUGGUAAUAGAAGAGGUUGCAGGAGAGCAGGUUGUUACUGGAAUUCACAACACAAAGAAUACUGUGGAACUCCUCAUCGUGCACGAUGCUUCUGCAAAUCAACAGGAGCCGGUUGAAGCAGAGGUGGUUGAGGAAGCAUCCAUCGUUGACGCGCCUGUUGCGAUACCGACAGAGACGUCAGCCGUGGAAACAGAGAUACCUGUCAAGAAAGGGGUCCCGACGGAAGACAGUCCUAUUGUCGAAGAAAUAAUAGCUACUCAUGAGCUUUCCGCCGUGGAACAAGGAGUAGAGGUCCUUGGCAUUUUCACGGACCCUCCUACUGUCGAGGAAGUUCUGGAGGAAGUCUCCUUUAUUGAGCCGUCGCCUGCCGUAGGGGAUGGUACAGUUGUCGAUGUCCAGGUAGAAGCCGUGCCUGUCGCAGAAUUGGCUUUGAACGACGACAUUUCCCAGAAGGUUGAGAAACAUGUUUUCGAGCUCCAUACCUCAGAAUCUAGGGAUCCAGCCAUCCAAGAGCUUAUGGUAUUUGAGGCCAAACCAUUGGGCGGCUCAGAAAAAGCUAUUGCCGUGCUUACACCUCCUGUCGAAUGUGCUUCCCUCGACGAUAUACACACCGCUAAUGCCGCACCCCUUGUUGCUCAGGCCUCAGCUACUCUCACAGCCGCCGAUGAGCUCCCCACCGCAGAAGGGAGAUCUGGCGGAGACCCAGUCGUGGCGGACUCGGUGGUAUUUGAGAAACCGGCAGUCAUCGGGGACGAAUCUAUUAUCAAGGUUGGGGCGGAUGUCGAUCAAAGUCAUACCGAAACGCCUGUCGGUGCAGACACUGAAAAAGCACAUAUUGAGUAUGCACCUAUCGAAGGUAUUGCCAUUUCGAAGGUGACUGCUGAGGCGAGGUUAGUUGUAGAGGCGGUCGUUUCGGAACCUCCAGAUGCCAAACCCCUCGGAGACAGUGUAUCUGAUGAGAAACGGACCACCGUCGAUGGACCUUUGUCAAUUGUUGCAUCUGUUGUUGAAAGAAUCGGGGAAGAUGGAAACUAUGCAGCCGCUAGGGCUGAGACAACAAUUGGGGAUGCACCCGAUAUCAAAAGGAACCCAGCCGAGGAGGCAACCGCCCAGUAUGCGCUGCCCAGUCAGGUAUCUUCAACGGAAGGGAUCGUAGCGCCGCUAAAGGAAAGGUCGCCAGAAGACGGGGAGACCCAAGCUCCUGUCGAUCAAGCUGAGCCACCGACCGUGAUCGGGGACAGUGUCAUCACACAGGGAUCCGUUGUCGAAGAUUCCAUCCUCCAUGAUUCGUCAGCCGUUGAAUUCAUUCAGGCUCCUGUGGUCACCGACAAAGCCGAUCUUCAUGGGUCUGAAAUAGCCUUGGAAUCGACUAUUUCCCUUGAUGAUAUAUCAGUGAACCCUGUAUCCAAUCUUUCUCUGACCGAAGAAGAGCCCAACGUUGAAGUUGCUGAAACAGUCAGCGAUCAGGACCAACGAUCAGUUUCUUCCAGAUGUAACACCGAUGACUUGCUCACUCCUGCAGGCAUCAAAAUCGAUCAAUCUAGGUCGCCAUGGACGCCAUCUUACAGUGUCACCACUCAAGGACCAGGUCUACCUGCUGAAGAAGACAUUCCUGUGAUAGAAAACUUGCCUUUACUUCUUCCUCAAGUCCCCAUUGUGGCUCUCACUGUAGUCGAUUCCUCUGCUCUUCUUGACGAAACCCAAAGCUCAUCGGAACUCCUAGAAGAACGUCCAAAGUCGCCUUGGACACCUUCCUAUUCUGUAUCUGUCCAGGGAAGCCCGCUUCGUGGUACAGUAACCUUGGACGAAAUAGAACCGGUUGACGGCGCUGUCGUUAGCACUGAUCGAAAUAUCCCUGUAGCCGGCGAGCCUGCUAUUUCGCAAACUGGCAUCCCUACUGAAGUCGAGGCCGCCACUGAACCUCCCAAGAACCGAAGCCAGGAGGAUGUCGUUCAGCCGCAAUCAACUUUAGUUACUGGGGAGCAACCUAAAACAACUGAUGAGGUGAUAAUAGCACCGGCGGCCGAACCCGUUACCGAGAAAACCGUUGAUGAUGUCAAGUCGCCUGAUGAGGAAAGUACUUCGUCCAAAGAGCUGCCAACUUUCGACAAUGACAUCGAACAUCCAGCCUCACCGUGGACGUCAUCUUUCUCUGUUAUGCAUCAAGGUACAAUUUCUACAACGCCGGAGGUUGAGAACACAUUAACUACAUCGUUCCAUCCCGGGGAUUCGGUCUCAGUCUCGUCAACAGCUGACAAACUCGUCAUCACUGAAGACAUCACCAUCGCCGAAUCGACAUCGACAUCAGUGACUGAGGUCGUCGAGGUAGAAGGCCGCGAUUCUCAUACGGUAGAAAGACCUGUUCAGCAAGUCGCUAGCCCAAUUAUUGAGACGCAGUCUGAGAGAAGUGACGGCAUUGCUUCGACACUCGAGCCAGACCAUAGUCUCGAGAAACAUAUUGACGUUGAAGUCGACGCAAAUUCACAUGCUGAGGAGACCAUUGGUCCUUCAGAAGGGUCCCAGUUAUCUAUUCCUUCCACCGAAAUUGAACGUCCCACCUCUCUGUCGACACCAUCCUACUCUGUUCAAGAUCAAGGUAUUUCCAUAGCGGAGGUCAAGACCAUACUAUUUGCAUCCCUAUCUCCUGAGGAUGCCGUCGGAGUCGCCUCUGUCCCAAUUACGGAGGUCCAGUCCACGGGGAUUGAUGCUGGAAAGGCUGCCGUGCGUCAGACAUACAUCGCUGAGGCUGCUAUGUCAUCUUUGCCAAGCGUUGCUGAGCUUGCCAACGAUGACGAUGACUCCUCUUUUGUGAAGACAGCAAGUGCUCAAGUGGAAAACUUCUUGGCCAUCGAGGCAGUAAUUCCCACGCCUGAGUUCUUAUCUGCAGCUGAAGCCGAUGUAAAGUCGCACGUGCAGGUUGGUUUGUUGGAGGAGGUAUCUAUUGGCUCCUGCCGCUGAAAUUGAGAGCCCUGCCUCUCCAUGGACACCAUCGUACUCUGUUACUCAGCAAGGCCUAGUUACUCCAACAUUGGAAGUAGAAAGUAUACUACCGAUAUCUGAAGUUCAAGUUGGUACCGCAGCCCAGGCACCUGUAGCUGACGAGCACAUCACUCCAAUUGAGUCACUGCCUGACGGCCCAUCUACGAUCAUCGAACCGAGUAUCGAGCCAUCCCAGGGAACUGAGGUAAGUAGUUUCCGCUGUCUUGUUAAAAUCAACUUAUUAGUCG